AUGGCCGCCAGGGUGCCUGACCUCGGCUCCGACUUCGCCCAGAAGAUGCUGCACGACCUCCGCCGACGCCGCCAGAGGCUCGGCUUCGGCUCGCCGUCGGCCGCCGCCGCGUCUCGGGAUGCCUGCUCGAACUCUCAGAAACCAUCUACAAGCCAGAGGCCGCAGCAGGCAGCAGCCGCCCCUCGAUCGAGCAGACCAGAAGCAACGACGGCACCGAGAUCAUCACACCAGCAGCAACCCAGCACCAGCAAUGCCGCCGUGGCCAGCGCGGCCAAGCCACGGCGAGGACGCCCUGUCGCCGCCGACGCCGACGCGCGCGCCAUCGUGCCGUUCCAGGGAGGAGACGCGGGGGACCGCAAGCCAGAGCAUGCCGUCGUCGCGAGCAGCGUCGACGUGCAGAUGGCGGCGCUGGCCCUCGCGCUCAGCGACGGCGGGAAGCUCCGGAACAUGGAGGUCGUGGCGCGCAACGGCUCCGUCUUCUUCCGCCAGCCGGACACGGCCCGUCGCGGCGGCGGCGGCGGCGGCGGCUACCUCCUGCCGCCGCCGCCGCCUUCCGGAGGAGGUACAGGCGCGCCCGCCGGCGAAGUGGCGAUCGGGGUGCAGGACCUGAACGACAUGCUCAUGGCGGCCUACUCCUCGGGCGGGAGGAGGAGGCCCGACGACGAGGCCCGGAGGAAGCUCUUCAGAGGGUCCAUGGACAUGGAGGAGGCGCUGAGCAUGCUGGUCAUGCUCCAGGACGCCUCCCGGUACAUGGAAGGGUCGGGGAGCGGGCUCAAGGGCAAGGAGAACCUCAAGGGCUUGGCGGCGGCGCGCUCCGCGAGGAUCGAGGAGAUCGUCGACGAAGAUUCAGAUGCUGAGCGUGCCAAAAAUGCUUCCAUGCAGAUGGUUGUCCACGACAAAUUUCAGAGCCAUCGGAAUGCAGACAGUAGCUCAGUUAUUCAGUCUGGUCCAGGCAGCUCCAAGAUCAACAGUGCUUCUGAAGGUGAAAAGGAUGGCUCGAAGGUGAGGAUGCCGAGCGUGAUCGCCAAGCUGAUGGGGCUGGAGAACCUGCCUUCGUCGACGUCGACGACAACGAAGACCGUCGCGGAGCGCAAGGGGACGGAGAGGUUUGUGAAACCUGGAGCUGUGCCAAGAAUGGAGAUCAAAGCAGAUGCGAUGAACCGCAAACUGCCGAUACGGAUCAUAGCUUCAGAGAAGGGUCAGCACAAGAUUGUGUUGUCAGGGGAGUGGAAGACAAACUUUGGGGACUCUGAAAUGGGUGCUGCUGCACUGUCAAACAGUUCAUCACACCCUGCAACUGCAACUGGUAAUAGCAGGCAAGGAAGGCUGACCAUGAGGGAGGUGCUGAGAAAGAUGGUAGCAGCAGAGAGAGGAGCUGAUGAAAAACAAGAAGUAGAGGAGAGGAUCAUCCAUGAGGACAAGGGGAUUGCUGAAGAAAUCAAACUGCAGAACUCCGUCAGCGUCGGGUGCCGCGCCGAUUCGGGUAAGAGGAUGGAUUUUUUGAAGAGAUUCAGGAAGAAUUCAGACAACAACAGGCCUGUCAAGGAAGAGAAGCAGAGUGCUCAGGAGAAGAGUGCAGCAGCUGGAAAGAAGCAGGCCACUGGCAUGAGACGGUUGCUGGGGAGAGACGGCGAGGCGAAAUCAAGGAAGGCGAGGGAGAAGCUUAACAAGGAGAACCUUGCCACUGCAGAAACCAAGGCUGCAGGAAAGAAUGGGAAGACAGAUCAGGUCAAACAUCAAGCGCAAAGUAAACAUGUAGACAGACAAAGCAAGCCGAGGAAACCGCAGAAUCGUCGGGAAAUGCAGAGCGAAACGCCGAGUCGGAAGUUGGAAAACAAGAAGAAGGCACUGAUGCCAGAAGCAGGGCAUAUGAAAAAGAAGCCUGAGUAUACUGUGGUGACACAACAGGAGAAUGAAGAACUUGCAAAAGAACAUGUCAGUUUUAGCAAACCAGCAGAUAGCACACAUGGCGAAGGCGGUUUGUCAGAACCAUUGGCAAUAGUAGUGAGAGGCCGCAACAUAACUGGAGCAGCCUCCUUGGACCAACCAUUACAGAAAAUAACUGAAGGAUCUAGUGAGAAAGCAACUGAAACACCGAGGGAACCGCAAAAUCGUCGGGCAACGCAUAGCGAAGCACCAAACCGGAAGUUGGAAAACAAGAAGUCACUGUUGUCAGAAGCAGGACAUAUGAGAAAGAAGCUUGAGUACACUGUAGUGGCACAAGAGGAGAAUGAGGUAGAUGCAAAAGUAAAUGAUACUAUCAGUUCUAACAAACCAGCAGAUAGCACUCAUGGCGGAGUCGGUUUGUCGGAACCAUUGACAGUGGUAGUGAGAGACAGCAGCACAGCUGAAGCAAUUUCUUUGGACCAACCUUUGCAGAAAAUAACUGAAGGAAUCAGUGAUCCUACAAUUCCUGCAGAGACUGUUGUACAUGCAAGUGAGGAUUUGAAGUUCCUUGAUCAGAUUCCAAUUGCUGAGAUAAAUGAUGAUAGGAUCAACCACACACCUAGUGAGACUACACAGAUACCUGAAAUAUUUGCCGAGGAAGAACAGCAGCAGCAAGAACAACAACAACAACAACAACAACAACAACAACAACAACAACAACAUCAACAAAUGAUAGUGAAAAAGCAACUAACUGAGGAUUUGAAGGUCUUGGAUCAGAGUACGAUUCCUGAGACAAAUCGUGCAAUUUGGUGUAAAAUGCAGGAUGAAUGGGUCGACCACACACCUAGUGAGACUACACAAAUGCCUGAAACAUUUGCCGAGGAAGAACAACAAGAACAAGAACAACAAACGAUAGUGAUACGGGAAGCAUUUACCGAGGAGGAAGAACAGCGGCAACAAAUGAUAGUGAAAGAGCAUCUAACUGACGGCUCUAAUGAUCAUACCACAACGUCCAUCAGUACUGAAAAUUUGCAGGAUCACAAGACACAUGUUGUUACAUGCGAUUCUUUGACAGAGAACCAACUCCUGCUCAUGAGACUGCUGGUAAAGGAUCGGUACUUGCUGGAAACCGCAAAGGCGAUCGUCAGAGUUGACGCUCCCGUCAGUUUCAUCGACGCUGACGCCGGUGCACCGAACUGGUCGGUCGACAAAGGCAACGACCUCCUCUCCGACGUGGCCCGGGAGGUGGUCAGAAGGAAAGGCAAGAGGAGCGAGGCCAUGGAGGAGGUCAGCGUGGCGCGCGCCGCCAACCUGAGGCUGCAAUACCUUGACGAUCUCGUCAGAGAGCUGGACGGCGACGUCGAGAGCCUGGACAUGUCAAAGUCCAAGAGAACUCAGCAGCAGGGUGACAAUCGCGCGGCCGAAAAUCUGCGUAGGAUACUUGAGAGUGACAUUCAGAAUGACCACCCCGACGCCAACUCGACGUGGGAUUUCGGGUGGAACCGCGUGUGGGAACUGCCGAUGGAGAAGGGCGACGUUGUCAGGGAUCUGGAGAAGAACAUACUGGGUGGCAUCAUCACCGACGUGGCGAGGGAUCUCAUCGGAGUAUCGGUACGACAUGGCUGUUGUCCCUGCGUGGCUUGA